AUGGGCUCUGCGUACACGGGCGAGGCCAAUGGCUCACUUCCUACUACACAGGUUGCCGUCGUUGGCCUCGAAAACGGCACCAACGGCCUCAAGGCCGGCAUCCAUCUACCCGCGCUGGAGGAAGACAUGAUCAUGGUCAAGAACGCGGCCGUGGGUCUCAAUCACGUCGACAACAAGAUGGGCGCCAGCCUCGGCGCCAUCGCCGGCAUGGACUUUGCAGGCCGCGUCGUGGCCAUGGGGCCCGCGGCGCGGGCGAGCAUGCCGGCCAUCCAUGAGGGCGACCGCGUCUGCGGCGUCGUUCUCGGUAUGCACCCUACCAGCCCUCUGGUCGGCGCGUUCGCGCAGUACACGGGCGCCAGCGACACUGGGGUCCUCAAGCUCCCGGAACACAUGUCCAUGGAGCAGGGAGCGUCGCUUGCUAGUGGCCUAGGCACUGUGGGCCUGGCCCUUUUCCACUCGUUGCAGAUCAAUGGUUAUCCUCUCGAGGAGGUCCAAGGGAAGCCAAGGGCCGGCCUGAAACCCAUUACGACGUGCUCCCCGAGGAACUUUGACCUCGUAACGUCCUACGGCGCAGAAAAGGCAUUCGAUUACCGCUCGCCCACCUGCGCCGCCGACAUCAAACUCUAUACCAAGAACUCACUCAAGUACGUGCUGGACUGUAUAUCUGAGCCAGAGACCAUGGAGUUCUGCUACGGCGUGAUCGGCCGCCUGGGAGGACGGUACACGGCGCUGGAACCAUGGCCUCGCGGGCUCGACAACCGCGGCAAUGUCACCGCCGACUGGGUCUUGGGGCCCAUGAUGAUUGGAAAGCCGAUUGCGUGGAAACCACCGUUCGACAAGGCGGUGGAUCCAGCGAUCAAGGAAUUCGGUGCGCGUUUCUUCCGCACUGCUCAGUCGUUGCUCGAUAAGGGCCUUUUGAGGGCGCACCCGCUACAUAUUCUGGACGGUGGUCUGAGAAGCGUGUUGGAGGGGAUGGACCUUCUCAAGUCAAAGACUAUCUCGGGGAAGAAGAUUGUGUGUCGAUUGGAUUGA